AUGAGCCUAUACAGGAACACAAAAUCUUCAAAUGAAGAUGCAUCAAAGACACCUCUCCAUCACACCACUGAGUCAUACCAUCACACUUGCAAUAUGGGUAAGUCCAGUAAGGAUAAACGAGACCUCUACUACCGUAGGGCAAAGGAAGAAGGUUGGAGAGCCCGUUCAGCUUUCAAACUUCUUCAACUUAAUGAACAAUUUCAUCUUUUCAAAGAUCUCAAAAGAGUGGUUGAUUUAUGUGCUGCACCAGGUUCAUGGUCUCAAGUGUUAUCUAGAGAACUUAAAAAGAACAGUGAAGGUACUGACGAAGAGACUAAAAUCGUCUCUGUCGAUCUUCAACCCAUGACUCCUAUUGACGGGGUUACUACUCUUCAAGCUGAUAUUACCCAUCCAAAGACUCUUCAAAAGAUUAUGGAAAUCUUUGGAGGUGAACCGGCUGACUUUGUUUGUUCUGAUGGGGCUCCUGAUGUCACUGGACUUCAUGACUUGGACGAAUAUCUUCAAGCACAACUUAUUUUGUCUGCUCUUCAACUUACCACUUGUCUUUUAAAACCCGGUGGAGCAUUUGUUGCCAAAAUUUUCCGUGGUAGAGAUAUUGAUCUUUUAUACGCCCAACUUGGAUACUUAUUUGAUCGUGUGGUAUGUGCCAAGCCAAGAUCUUCUAGAGGAACUUCCUUGGAGGCAUUUGUUGUUUGCUUGGGAUAUCGUCCUCCAACCACUGGUUGGACCCCACAACUUGAUCUCAACAAGUCAACUGAAGAAUUCUUCGAAGGUGCUAAUAUCGGAAGAAGUGACAAUUUAGAAGAAUUAGAACUCCCCGAUCCAGAAGAACGUGAAAUAGCAACAUUUGUUGCCUGUGGAGACUUGAACGAUGUGGAUUCAGAUGCUACUUACUCUUUGGAUGGUGCAGUACCACGUAAGGUUGCGUUAGACCCUGUGCAAAUGCCCACCGCACCUCCUUACAAGAAGGCAUUAGAGAUGAAGAGAAGAGGUGAAAUGGUGAGACGUUAA